UUUCUUUUUCCUCAUUAUUCUACCUUCUUCCUUCAAUACUUGAAAUCUUCAGUUGCACCUACCAGGCUUAUUUUUAUUUCCCCAUUUCUUAGCCAACAAUGACCUAGCAUUAUUUUAUUAUCUCCUUCCUCAUAUUCUCCACACAUUCACUUCAUUUCCUUUCCUCUUUUCAUUUUAAAACAACCUCCAUCCAUCCAUUUACCACUAUUCAAUGGCCUCCUUUCCACCAUUUUCGCCUAAUGCAAGAUCAAUAACAACCCAUUUUUGCAAACUCCAAAACAGUUAUUAUUCUUUCAAAUUCAACGUUGGUAACACCUCGUGUCUUCGUCCCAGAUGCCACGGCAGUGACCGUGAUUUAAACCGACGAUGUAACUCCUGCAUUGUGAUAGCAAGCGGCCGACGUACUAGCCCACGAAGCGUGGGCUUGGUAAAUGGGAAGAAGGUAAAUGGGGUUCACGUCAUUGGGGAGGCUCCGCUUUUCUCCGGCGAAAAAAGGGGGCCGUUAUUGGUGGAAGAAAGCGGAGUUGAUGGAGAAAAGCCUCUCCAUGAUUGUCUUCUUGGGAGGUUUGUAGAAGAUAAGUUUGUUUAUGGACAAACGUUUAUUAUUAGAUCCUAUGAAAUUGGACCUGAUAAAACUGCCACCAUGGAAACUCUCAUGAAUCUUCUUCAGGAAACUGCGCUGAAUCAUGUAACGUGCUCGGGGCUGGCCGGAAAUGACUUUGGCGCUACUCGGGAGAUGAGCCUCCGAAAACUGAUUUGGGUUGUUACACGUGUUCACGUCCAAGUUCAAAGAUAUAGUUGCUGGGGAGAUGUUGUUGAGAUAGACACGUGGGUUGACGCAGCAGGCAAAAAUGGAAUGCGGCGUGAUUGGAUCAUAAGAGAUUACCAUACUCGAGAAAUUAUUACUCGAGCCACUAGCACCUGGGUUAUUAUGAAUAAGGAAACAAGAAGGCUGUCAAAAAUACCGGACCAAGUAAGAGAAGAGUUAACUCCAUUUUACCUCAACAGAAUCGCCAUCCCCUCGGAUGAAAACGAUAGUGAAAAGAUCGACAAGCUCACCGAUGAAACCGCCGAGAGAAUCCGAUCAGGCUUAGCUCCUAGAUGGAACGAUAUGGAUGCCAACCAACAUGUCAACAAUGUUAAAUACAUUGGGUGGAUUCUAGAGAGUGUACCAAUAAAUGUGUUGGAAGAUUUUGAUCUGACGAGCAUGACGCUUGAAUAUCGAAGAGAAUGCAGGCAAUCCAAUCUGGUGGAGUCGUUGACAACCACCACCGCGACAACAGCCGCCGAAGACCGUCGCAACAACCUCCAGUACACUCACCUUCUUCGUAUGCAACCCGAUAAGGCUGAAAUUGUGAGAGCUAGAACUCAAUGGAAUUCCAAGCCCAAACAAAAUAUUACUAAAUAAUCACCUCUUUAAAUUUCUUACACCCUUUCUUUUUUUUCCUUUCAAACAUUAAUUCUUCUGUUUCAUAUUGGUUUUUUUUUAGGAC